UCAAUUACCAUGUAUUUGGGAUAAGAAGAGUGUGUGAGUGAGCACAUCUCCUCCAACCAGAAGAAGCACAAAAAAAAAAUUAAAAAUGGCGGUAUGUGCAACUGCAGCAACAACAGCAGCACUCACAGCCAUUGCAAAUGCCAAUUCGAGCACAUCAAAAAAAAUAUCAAAACUCCAAUUCCGAACUCUGAAACCAAUCUCAAACAAAUUGAACCCAAGUAGUCCUACCAAUUGGUUUGAUGAUACUGAUAAGAAAAUUUCAGCAAAUGUUGCAGGAGCGCGAAAAGUACUAGAAAUGGGACUUAUUGGAGUUAUGGCUGCUUCUACGAUGGCUUUCGGGUUUCCAUCAGAAGCAGAUGCUUUAAGAGUAGAAUACUAUGCCACUACUGCUGAGCCUUCUUGUGAACUCAAUGUCGUUCGUUCUGGUUUAGCUUACUGUGACAUUGCUGUUGGUUCCGGUCCUGCAGCUCCUUACAACACCCUUAUCAAUGUGCACUACACUGCAAGAUUUGGUGAUGAGACUGUCUUUGAUAGCAGUUAUAAACGCGGUAGGCCUCUUACUAUGCGCAUUGGUGUAGGAAAAGUUAUUAGGGGAUUGGAUCAAGGGAUUUUUGGUGGUGAUGGGGUACCCCCUAUGCAAGUUGGUGGAAAGCGCAAGCUCCGUAUUCCUCCAGAGUUAGCCUAUGGACCAGAACCAGCUGGUUGUUUUUCAGGUGAUUGCAACAUACCAGCCAAUGCAACUCUGCUUUAUGACAUUAACUUUGUGAAUAUAUACUCCGGAAAUAGGGCAAAGUGAACAAAUAAUCUUGCUCAAUGCACACUUGAUCAUACUUGAUUCAAUGCACCAAGAAAGUUCAGUCCAAGUGAGCUCCUCUCCCUCACUAAAUUUCUCUUGUAACUAGAUAUUGUACAUUUGUAUCAGUAACCUUAGCAUGUGCUCAGGUAAAAAGCAGACUAUUACACAUAUGUAUCUUUCGGCACAGGCCUGGAAAUGAUUACCUGCUGAGUUAAGACUAUAUAGAUAACAGCAAUGUUCCAAUCUCUUAAAUGUCAUCCAUUUGCUAGAGCAACCAAAAAGUUGCAGUUGUCUGAUUGACUGUUUUAAUAAAAUUGAAUAUGUGUUCUGCU